AAAAUGUGAGUGGAUUUGACGACCAAAAUGGAUCACGGCGGAAAAUUUCUAUGAUGGAGAAGAAGGAGAACGACAGAAGAAGGCUACAAAAAGAGGGGCAACACAUCAACCAGCAGCCCCACCUCACACCGUUGACCCCCACGACUCACGGUGGCUAUGGUGGUGGAAUGUACGGGACGGAGCAGGAACAGGCGGCGAAACCUCCAAAUAUGCCACCCGCUAGUGAGACACAAAGUGCUGAUGGCCCAGCUGAGGCCAAAAUCCAGCCCAAGCACCCGCCCCCACCUUCCUCAGGUGAUGGAGACAUCGACAUGGCCGGCCAGCUUCUUACAUUCAGUAAUCUAGCUAGCUAUCUACAUAUUUAGUUCGCUGACAAUUUCCAUUUCUUUGAACUGUUUUUUUAUUUAUUUUAAUAAUAAUAAUAAUAAUAAUAAGCUUCAAAGUUCAAAUUGGUGUUUUGGGUUUUUUUUUUUUUCUUGAUUGAUAUAAUAAAAAAUAAUUAUUUUU